GGUGUCACUGACCGGGAAAUCAAAGGGACCGACAAAAUUGGUUGGUGAGGUUAGAGCAAGACAAGGCUUGCUAUUACACGAAAUGUUGGCAUUGACAGAGUUGUCGCGGAGAUAUUUUUCCAAUGGAUUUGUUCACUGAAUUUAUUCAGUCUGAUUCUGUUUGACACAGGACAGUAAAAUAAUCGUGUCGCAUGUGCUCUUUUCGUUUUGUAGCCACAAUUAUUUAGUCUCAAACCUUUCCAGUUUUAAAGAUAACCUUAUAAUAAAUAUUACCUAGAUCAUAGAUGUUAAUUUAAUCAGUGUUUUUUAAUUAUUUAUCAAUUUGCAACGAAUCAGUAAAUUUGAAAAAAGAAAGUUUUAAAUUAAUUUUCAGGGCAUUCACAACUGGAUGUAGUUAUAACUUAUACCGUAGAUAAAAUAUAGCUUUGCCUGUUUUGGGGAAACUUAAUCUUUCUUAAAAGUAAAAACUGGAUGAUAUAUAGAUCCGAAGUCCAGGUGAAAUGGAUGAGACAAACUUUCUACUCAGGCAAAGGGGUGCACCUCCAAAACCUGGAUUUGAUAGGCAUAAUGAAUUUAAAAAUGGUAGUUCUCUGAAUGAUGACAAAAAGAAGGGAUCAUCAGAUGAUGGUCGAGCUUUAGAUGGUAUUUCAGUAUAUCUCCUAUUAAUUAUUUUUUAUGGAUUCAUUGUGUUUUUCAUCAAUUUUCGCCAGAAUAACAGUUUCCCGACGCCAAAAUUUAUAGGCGAUCCACAAAAUUCUGUGACAGAUUUUAUCGAGGAAAGAGUUAGAAAAAACUUAAAUGAAUUUAUGAAACUUGGGCCAAGAGUUACUGGCAGUGCAGCAAAUUUGAAAGCUAAAGAUUUGAUUUUGAAGACCAUUGAAGAAAUCCGUGUCGGAGCCACAGAACCACAUCAAAUAGAAGUGGAUAAUCAGAUAGUGGAUGGUGAUUUUGCGAUUGAUUUUCUGGUCGGACAUUUAACAAGUGUUUAUAAAAAUAUCAAUAAUAUUAUUGUAAACUUUUCCCGGAAAGACAAUCCUUCGAAUCAUAGUGUACUGGUCAAUUGUCACUAUGACACAUUUCUUGAUAGUCCAGGUGGUAGUGAUGAUACAGUUAGUUGUUGUGUUAUGUUGGAGAUGCUGCGUUCGUUUUCUCAACACACGGAACCGUUUAAAAAUAACAUCAUCUUCCUCUUUAAUGGGGCAGAGGAAAAUAUCUUGCAGGCAAGUCAUGGAUUUAUAACCAAACAUCCAUGGGGUAAAACAAUCAAAGCUUUUGUUAAUUUGGAGGCAACUGGUGCUGGUGGAUGGGAGGUGGUGUUUCAAACAGGUCCCGAGAAUCCCUGGUUGAUUAGAAGCUACAUCGAGUCCGUGAAAUAUCCCUCAGCAUCCGUUUUUAAUCAAGAGAUUUUUCAGACAGGGAAAAUUCCAGGAGAUACUGAUUUUCGAAUUUUCCGAGAUUAUGGAAAUCUUGCAGGGUUAGAUAUAGCUCAUAUUAAAAAUGGUUAUGUUUAUCACACAAAGAAUGAUCUCCCAAGAUACAUUCAACCAGGCUCUAUUCAAAGGGGAGGAGAAAAUCUUAUGAACCUCGUUGAGACUCUGGUGUCCAGUCCUCAACUGGUGAAUCCUGGCCCUGAAAAACAUGGAACUAUGGUCUUCUUCGAUUUCAUUGGUUAUUUCAUGGUCAGUUACCCAAUGAGAAUGGCUGUUAUUCUCAAUCUUGGAAUCUCCAGUUUAUUUCUGCUGACAAUAUUUAGAAAAAUUGUUGGAUACAACUCUUCAGAAAUUAAAGGUUUUGUAUAUGUAAGAGAAUUGGUGAUGGCUGUUAUUUUUUUGCUGUUGUCAUGGACGUUGAUAAUAAUAACAUGUGUUGUUAUAGCGUUAUUGUUGACAAUGUUAGGUCGUGAGAUGUCGUGGUUUACUAAUACGUUAAACCUAAUAUGGUUAUAUAUCUUACCCUCAAUAACCAUUGUCUUAACACUACACUGGAUUUUACGUAAAACUUAUUAUAAGAGUACAAAUGGUUGGCAAGUUGACGGAAUAUUUUAUGAUGGCAAUAUGUUAUUAUGGGUUAUGUUAUUAGUGACUUUAACAUAUUUUAAAAUAGCUUCGGCCUAUAUGGUUUUAUUAUGGACCUUGUUUCCGCUACUUGUAAUAACCAGAACAGCUAAAGCAUUUAAAAUUAAUUUUAAAGAGAAACCUGUGAUAUCUGUGAUAUAUUAA